GGCUGGAAACUCUGGCCAGCAAAAGCCGAACUUCGUUUUGUGCCUCUCGGGGUGGUCGGCGUUAUUUCGCCGUGGAAUUAUCCGGUUAAUCUCGCACUCGCACCGCUUGUGGCAGCAAUCGCUGCGGGAAACCACGUAUUCCUGAAACCUUCCGAGCAUACGCCAUAUACGUCGGAAUUUCUGCGCCAGUUGAUCGCUGAUGUUUUUCCCGAUGAUCGGGCGAGCGUCAUUCUUGGCGAUGCCAGUCUUUCAGCGCAAUUUUCCGCCCUGCCCUUCGAUCAUUUGUUCUUCACAGGAUCAACGGCUGUGGGUCGCAAAAUCAUGCAAGCAGCCGCCGAGAACCUUACGCCCGUCACUCUGGAGUUGGGUGGAAAGUCGCCAGCUAUUAUCAGCGAGAAUAGCAGUCUUAAACGUGCAGCCGGCGCUAUCGCUACAGGCAAAUAUUUCAACGCAGGCCAAACCUGCAUUGCGCCCGAUUAUGUGCUGAUCCAUCAAAGCAAACGUGAUGAAUUUGUAGCCCUGCUGCGCGAGGAAACGCAAAAGCGUUAUCAAGGAGCAUCAGCCGAGAACGACCGCACGACAAUCAUCAACGACAUGCAAUAUGCACGUCUUUCCAAUCUGUUGCAUGACGCGGAAGAUAAAAGCGAAGCCAUCGUUCCGCUUCUGGACGCCUCUCCCACAGCAAACCAUCCGCGAUUGAUGACACCAACAGUCAUUCUUGAA